CCAGACCGGGGGUGGAGUAAUGCAACAAUAAUUUCGCGUGUGUUGUGUUCAUCUUCAAAAGUCGUAGAGUCUCAUAAGCAUUUUAUUCCGUAUUUCCAAUUUUAUUUGAGAAUAUGGACGUACUAGAUUUGCACGAAGCCGAGGAAGACGAGGAGUUUAAAGUUGACGAAGAAUCUGAUCAUGGAAUCCAGAAACUGAAGCAAAACGCGCGCAAACGCAAAGGAAGGGGCUUCACUGGUGAUGGACCUGGCAUCAGGACGGCCGAUGGCGAAUUUGAGGCCAUGGAUAUUGACACAGGAGAGAGUGGCCCACAAAGAUCUGUAGAGGGUUGGAUUCUUUUUGUGACUGGCGUUCAUGAAGACGGAUCCGAGGAAGAUGUGAGGGAUAAAUUUGAAGAAUACGGAGUGAUCAAGAACAUCCACGUCAAUCUGGACAGACGAACAGGCUUCCUAAAGGGUUACUCGUUAGUUGAGUUUGAGACGUUCAAGGAGGCCCAGAAGGCCAUGGAUGCGUUGAACGGCAGUGAUUUACUCGGUCAAAAGAUCGCAGUAGACUGGGCCUUCGUUAAAGGACCCCACAAAGAUUCCAAGAAACGGAGUGGGCGUAGAAGAUGAAGAUCCUAGCUGCCUUUCUAUCACUGUCUUGCGUAGUUCUCUCCUUCCUCCGCCAUUUAAGUUGUGUCCUCAUUUAUGUACUUUUCCCUUAAAAAGACGGCAAUCCCUUCAUUUAAAAGUAGAAGGAACAUGAGAUUGUUUUUUAUUUGUUUGAAUAGUUGAUCUUCCCACAAAGGGAAUUCGGCAAACACAAGGGGAUAAUAAACACCAAGCUGGCAACAGACAAUCUCGCUUAUACACAAACAUUGGUUUAACGUCUUUGAUUAUGAGUUGCAC